AUGGUUGGUAAAGUCUCAGAAAGAGUGCUUCUUAGAGAGGGGCUGGAGAGAACCGACAAUGGCAUGAAAUUGACCUCAUGGCCUGAUGUUAGCCCGAUCAACCAGAAGAAUUACUAUACAGAUUACAUGAAAAGGGAUGAUCAGGUCCUAGCCCUUCGACUCCAAAGCGAUGCGACUCGUGAUCGACUAGUACAGAGUGCCCGAGACCGCGAUCGUGCUCUUUCAAAGCCUGCUAAUGGCGAGCUGCCCCUGCCACUGCCAGAUCUCGGCGAGGAUGACGGAGCCGCAACUCCCUCGGGUGGGAUGGACCCAUCCAGGGUGAUUGUCAUCCAUCCCGGAAGCCAAAAUCUGCGCAUUGGAUUCGCGAGCGAUGCACUUCCCAAGACCAUCCCGACUACCCUAGCGACCAAAUUCCCCCAGACCGAAUCGGAGAUGUACGAGGCUUUACCCCGACGCCAGUUUGAAGCAAAGACUACGGACCAGCAAUACGGGGAAGAGUGGUCGAAGAAAUACCAAAAGAUGUGCAACGAUUUGAAGGUGGAAAUGCGCGCCAACAAGCGAAAAGUACUUCCCAACUCCAAAGAGCUUGUCCAGACAUUCAAUCGCCGCACGGAGCCCGAGAUCAUUCAGAGACAUAACGAUGUGCUAGAGGUCGAGUGGACUGAUAUAGAAAAACUGGAGGAUCCAAAGUCAUUGGCGUCCUGUUUUAUCGGGAGUGAGGCAUUGCGUGUUCCCGACGACUCAAACCCUAAAUUCAAGCUGUGGUGGCCUAUCCAGUACGGAUACUGGAACGAGGAUGGAUACACAAGCCAGGAGCAUCUCUUUGACGAUUUUGAAACGCUCCUGGACAAAGCGCUGCGCCAAGAGCUGGGCCUGAAGACAAACAGCGAAUGGCAACAGUAUAGCUGCGUUUUUGUCAUUCCUGAUCUUUAUGAUAAGAAGUAUGUGGAGCAGAUCUUGCGAUCCUGUAUGACCUGGUUUGAGUUUAGUAGAGUAUGCUUUAUCCAGGAAAGCAUGGCAGCGACUUUCGGCGCCGGUUAUACGCAAGCCUGCGUCGUGGAUAUCGGCGCGCAAAAGACAUCUGUGACCUGUGUCGAGGACGGACUUUGCAUUGAAGACUCGAGAAUCAACCUCAAGUAUGGGGGUUACGAUAUCACGGAGACUUUUAUCAAAAUGAUGCUCUACGAUAACUUUCCCUACCAGGAAAUUAACCUACGAAGAAGAUAUGACUUCCUUCUAGCUGAAGAGCUAAAGGCGAAGCAUUGUACCAUGUCUCAGGCCAACAUCUCGGUACAGCUCUACAACUUUCACGUUCGAGCACCCAACCAGCCCACACGGAAAUAUGCGUUCAAGACAUACGACGAAGUCAUUCUUGCGGCGAUGGGAGUGUUUGAGCCAGCCAUUUUUGAUAAUAGCACAAAGCUCAGGGGAAGGAGAAAGCUUGUCGAGCGUUCUUACAACGCUUAUGACGUGGAUAUUCCCGACGAUCCGUCCUCUGCCGCACAGCUCGCAAUUCUGGCGCUGGUAAAGCCAUCACUCAUGACCAACGCAAACGGCUUCUCUCAGUCACAGCCUGAAGCGUCAACACCAAACAAAGAGAAGUCACAGUUCAACUUCCUUCCCAAAGCUGAGACAGCAACUGGCACUCCAAUUGCAUCGCAUGCCGGGUCGCCAGCCCCCGAGGGCAGCGGUACUCCCGCACCACCUCCAUUCGUCUUUGGAGCCAACAAGGAUGGCGUCAAUGGCGAUAGCCCUGCUCCGGGCAGCAUUCGAGCGGCUGGCACACCGGUUCCUGGACAGUCACAAGCUACGCAACCGCCCCCAGGCAUGUUUGUAGACGCAGCAGCACGCGGGGCCAAAGACAUGGCAACCGAAAGAGAUGAAGUACUGCCCUUGGCACCGCUGGACAUUUCUAUUCUCACAAGCAUUCACAAUGCUGCUAAGGGCGACGAGAAGAAAGUCCGCGAUUUGCUGGGCAGUAUCAUGGUCAUUGGCGGUGGCGCCAAGGUUCCGCAGCUCACCGUCGUUUUGGAAGAGAGGCUGAAAGCGCUGAAGCCUGACCUCAAUGAUAGGAUCCUGGUCAGUCGAAGCGCGAGAGAUAUGGAUGAGCAAGUUGUCACUUGGAAGGGAGCCAGCGUCUUUGCGAAGCUGUCAACCAACGACUCUUGGAUCACGCCGUUUGAGUUUGAGAGGUUGGGCGCCCGUACGCUCCACCACAAGGUGCUCUGGGCUUGGUAG